CUUUUUUUUUAGACUCCCAUGUUCAACCUAGAAGCAAUCCAAUCCCAACGUACCUAUGUUCAGCCUUGUGUCCUUCACAUCCAUCUAGCUCAGAACUGUCACGAGCUGAAGCCCCUCGGCGCCACCCAGAAUAGUAUACCUAGCCUCUCAGUCUAGAACGAUUAAACCGGACCCUCGCAACAGCCUCGGUCAACGACACACACGAGCUUGUACAAAAGCAGGAAACUCCCGUAUUAAGAGCAUUAUCUCGUGUCCCACCUCUUAUCUUCUCAAGCUCAAACACUACCUGUAUGCUUUCUCUCCGGACUGCAUUCGUUCCAGCCAUUCAAACAGGCUUGCGCCAUUGUCUUCAGGUUCCUGUAUUGAUCUGUUGCCCCAAAAGUUUACCGACCAGGAAUAUCCCUCUCAGAAGGCAGCUCCCCGUCUUAUCUCCUUCUGCCUCCGUCUCCGCUCUGAGAACUACCGCAACCAUGGCUUCACUCGGGAGCUACGAGAAGAAACACAAGGUUACCGUCAUCGGAUCGGGAAACUGGGGCUCCACCAUUGCCAAGAUCGUGGCCGAGAGCACAAGAGAACACAAGGAUGUUUUCGAAGAAGAUGUGCAGAUGUGGGUGUUUGAGGAGAAGGUUACAAUCCCAAAGGAUCGGGAUUUCUACGAAAGUGAUGAGCCGCAAAAGCUCACAGAGGUGAUCAACAAACAUCACGAAAACGUCAAGUACCUCCCUGGUGUCAAACUGCCAUCCAACAUCAUUGCCAAUCCCUCGCUCACCGAUGCUGUCCGCGACUCGUCGGUCCUCGUGUUCAACUUGCCACAUGAGUUCCUUAGCAAGGUUUGCCAGCAGCUCAAUGGUCACAUUGUACCAUUCGCCCGAGGAAUAUCUUGCAUCAAGGGCGUGGACGUUUCAGGCUCUGGCAUCAACCUCUUCUGCGAGGUGAUCGGCGAGAAAUUGGGCAUCUACUGUGGUGCACUCUCCGGAGCCAACGUGGCGUCUCAGAUCGCCGCAGAGGAAGGCGUUAGCGAGACUACAAUCGCCUACGACCCGCCGCCCAUUGAUAGCAGCCGCGCGGCUACUCCCCGCGACCGGUCGCCCAACUACGAUUCCACCAGCGCAAACAAGCUUCCUGACUUGACCGUGACUUCGGCCGACUCUAACGGGAAUGAUAGGGGCCGCAGGACGAAGGCAAAACUGACGCCCGUUCCUGAGUCGUACCCGCCACUUGAUCACGAGACAUUGCAAAUUCUUUUCGACCGUCCGUACUUUUCCGUUUCGAUGGUGUCAGACGUGGCCGGCGUGUCACUCAGCGGUGCUUUGAAGAACAUUGUGGCCCUCGCUGCUGGAUUUGUCGACGGCAAGGGCUGGGGUUCCAACGUGCAGUCGGCAGUGAUCCGAGUUGGGCUUGCAGAAAUGCUCAAGUUCGCUCGCGAGUUCUUCGGAGAGUCGGUCGAUCCGUUCACGAUCCUGCUCGAGAGUGCCGGCGUGGCUGAUGUCAUCACAUCAUGUAUCAGUGGAAGGAACUUCCGUUGCGCGAGCAUGGCAGUCAAGCGAAAUGUAUCCGUUGCCGAGAUCGAGGAGAAGGAACUUAAUGGACAGAAACUGCAGGGUACAUCUACUGCUAAAGAAGUAAACAGCCUAUUGAAGGCGCGUGGCAGGGAGGGUGACUAUCCCCUGUUCACCACGGUCAAUGAAAUCCUCGAAGGCAAAGCUAAGGUUGAUGACCUUCCCAAGCUCGUGAUUCGACAAAAACACACCAUUGAGAAAACGGGAAGCAAAUAAGUUAUUUACACAAGAUGAUGUUAACACAUGUCAAACAGUGUGGUGUACAAGCUGCAUGGAGAAGAUGUUGCAGCCGAUGGGGCUCUAAUGAUUAGCAAUGCUAAUUGUGCCAGCGAUCUUGGAUCUACUUUCUGAGUAAGGUAGUUAGUUGUUAGACGUUAAUGCAGCAAUAGCGAAAUGUUGAUGAUAAAUAGCAGCCCGGAA